AUGAUUCCCCUAAAGUCGAGCAUCACAGAUGGCCAGAGGCUUGGUUUCAACAGGAAGCAAGCCAUUCACACCAUUCACCCCACACAGGUUGAUAUUGAGCUUGCUCUUGAUUGCAUGCUUGAUGGCCCUCCGAGCACCGUCACUGUUUCAGAGCGUCUGGAACAACUGCUGACCAUUCGUCGAGCGUGGACCUUGUUCGAGUGGAAGAAAGAAGUUCGGGUACCCAUGCCUGCUCCUGGACACACGCUGGUUCGGAACGACAUAGGCAUCUCAACGAGAGACUUCGCCAUCGAUCCAUCGCAAGAUCUCAUCGCUUUUGUCCACUUUGACGAUGACCCUGUGAACAAUUCUAAUUACACAGCGGUCCAUAUACACACUAUCCCUUCCAAUGUCAAGCAUCCCGAAGCAUCAUCUCCUAUUCUUCGCACCCUCACCCCGUCCAUAAUGACCAGCGCAUUCAUACAAAUCGUGGAUGAUGUGAUCGGGAUGAUGUUUUGGAUGGAGCUCGACAAUCCUUGCAUCACAAAUCUGGAAUUGGAAGACAGGUCAAAUACUUGUCGUAAGUGCCUGUCUAUGAACACCUAG